AUAUAUAUAUAUAUAUAAAGAUUAAAAAUGAUUAUUCCUGUACGUUGUUUCACGUGCGGAAAAGUUAUUGGUAAUAAGUGGGAGGCUUAUUUAGGUUUACUACAAGCUGAAUACACCGAAGGAGAUGCUUUAGAUUCAUUGGGAUUGAAGAGAUACUGUUGUCGAAGAAUGCUUUUAGGACAUGUAGAUUUGAUUGAGAAAUUAUUAAAUUAUGCACCUUUGGAAAAAUGAAUAUAAUAAUUAUAAUUUAAUUGAAUCUACAUUUCUAAUUCUACAUUUAUAUUAAUAAUGCUAUUGACGAAUGACUUUAAAAGUGUGUUGAAGAAAAGAAACUAUGUAAAAAUUAUAAAUAUUGCAUGAAUGAUUAAAUGUUUCACUUAUAAAAAGAUGGUUAAAUAAUAUUGUAUUUCACA